AUGGGCUGGGCUGGGUCUGGGUCUGAGCACUUGGGACUGUGGGUCCCUGUGCUGGCUGUCUUUCUGCUGGGAGUCUGCGGAGCACACCCCAUUCCUGACUCAAGCCCACUCCUCCAAUUCGGGGGCCAGGUACGGCAGCGGUACCUCUACACAGAUGAUGCCCAGCAGACUGAAGCCCAUCUGGAGAUCAGGGCAGAUGGCACAGUGCGGGGGGCUGCUCGUCAGAGUCCUGAGAGUCUCUUGGAACUGAAAGCCUUGAAGCCCGGCAUCAUUCAAAUUUUGGGGGUCAAGACCUCCCGUUUCCUGUGCCAGGGUCCUGAUGGGGUGCUGUACGGAUCGCUCCAUUUUGACCCAGCUGCCUGUAGCUUCCGGGAGCUGCUUCUAGAAGAUGGAUACAAUGUUUACCAGUCUGAAGCCCAUGGCCUUCCACUCCGCCUGCCUCCCCACAACACCCCAUACAGGGAUCUGGCUUCCUGGGGACCAGCCCGCUUCCUGCCACUGCCAGGCUUGCUCCCAGAGUCUCCAGAGUCCCCAGGUGUCCUGGCCCUGGAGCCCCCCGACGUUGGCUCCUCAGACCCCCUGAGCAUGGUGGGGCCUUCACAGAGUCGGAGUCCCAGCUAUGCCUCCUGA